CGCGAGCCAUGCGGCCGGGCCUCGAGGCGUUGCCGGGGCGCUGGGCGGGCGGCGCGGCCCUGGCGCUCGGGCUGGCGCUGCUGGUGCGCGGGUGGCGGCGGCGGCGGCCGGCCCCGCGGCGCGAGGUGCUCUUCUUCCCGUCGCCGGCCACCUGCCCCGCGGCGCUGCUGGGCGAGCCGGGCCCCGCGCCCUGCCCCUGCCCCUGCCCCUGCCCGCUGCCGCACGGCGACAGCCCGCUCGCCCGCCUGCUGCGCCGCCUGCUCUCGGCGCGCCGCUCGCUGGAGCUCUGCCUCUUCGCCUUCUCCAGCCCGCCGCUGGGCCGCGCCGUGCAGCUGCUGCACCGCCGGGGCGUGCGCGUGCGCCUCGUCACCGACUCCGGCUCCAUGGGGCUCACCGGCUCGCAGAUCGGCCGCCUGCGGCAGGCGGGUAUUCAGGUGCGUCACGACCAGGAGAGUGGCUACAUGCACCACAAAUUUGCUAUUGUGGACAAAAAGAUGCUCAUCACUGGUUCCCUCAACUGGACCACUCAAGCUAUCCAGAGCAACCGUGAGAACGUGCUGAUUGUGGAGGAUGCGGAGUACGUGGAGCCAUUCCUGGCCGAGUUUGAAAGGAUGUGGGAAGAGUACAAUCCAGCUAAUUAUACAUUUUUCCCCAACAAAAAGGAACAGAAAUGACAGCAGCUUUUAGGAGCUGAAAGGGUCCUUGACAAAUAGCAUUUUUCUAGCAAGCUUCUUUGUAUUUAAUUUUGUUAUAGCUACAAGGACUAUAGCAUCAUACAAGGGUGAAGAGUUCUCUACUCUUCAGUGAAAAGCUCAGUGUGUACUAAAUGAAAGUGCAUCACUCUAAACUUCUUGGUAAGUAGUGAUACAGUAGAAGGGCCAGCACAUUACAGCUGAUAUGCUGGAGCUCAAAAGAUAAUGGCCACUGCCAUGCACUGG